AUGUUCUACUCGCACCAGCUCCUCGCGCGGAAGGCGCCGCUCGGCCAGAUAUGGAUGGCCGCCACGCUCCACGCCAAGAUCAACCGCAAGCGCCUCGACAAGCUCGACAUCAUCAAAAUCUGCGAGGAGAUCCUGAACCCGUCGGUGCCCAUGGCGCUCAGGCUCUCCGGGAUCCUCAUGGGCGGCGUGGUGAUCGUGUACGAGAGGAAGGUGAAGCUUCUCUACGAUGAUGUGUCCCGUCUCCUGAUUGAGAUCAACGAGGCAUGGAAGAUCAGGCCGGCCGUCGACCACACCGUCCUCCCCAAGGGCAAGGCUCAAGCCAAGUAUGAAGCAGUAACACUGCCAGAGAACGCGGUGGAUAUGGAGGUGGAGCAGCCCGUGUUUUUCACAGAUACUGAUACUACUAGGUUCCGGGGAAUGCGCCUGGAGGAUUUGGACGAACGGUAUGUCAAUGUCAACCUGGAUGAUGAUGACAUCUCUCGCGCUGACCGUCAUCAUCAAGCUGAGGCAGUCAACAUUACCCUGGUCGAUAAUUUUGAGUCUGGUCUUGCUGAAACUGACAUCUUCAAUCGUUUUGAGAGAUUUGACAUAGCAGAUGAUGACACCACAGUCCAUAUUAUUCUCGAUGGACACCCAGAGGCUCCAAGUACACUAGUACCCUCUCCACCAAGGCCAGAAGACCCUCCUCAACAACAGGAACAGUGUGCUGCCCCAUCCCCCAUCCGCGAAGAACCUCAACAAGGGGAUUCAUUGAAGGAGCAAGAGGAGCAGAAGACGACGGAGCAACAACCAACUAAACGAGCAAAGAGGAAAGCACGCGGCAAGGGGCCCCAAGUGAUCAUAGAUAACCAGAUAAUGAUCCCAGGAAAUGUAUAUCAGUCAUGGUUGAAGGACCCAUCAAGCCUCACCUCUAAAAGGCGUCAAGUCAGGAGUAAAAUCAAUCCUAUUAAGGCAAUUAAGAUAGGCGAGCUAAUGGACUUGCCACCGUCUGCCCUAAUGUCUUUCUCCGAUGACUCACAAGAGAUAUAUUACCCUCAGCAGCUUAUGCAGCUCUGGAAGGAAUGCACCAAAGUCAAGACCCCAAAGCCCUCAUCUUCUUCAGGAGAUAAAUCAUCAUCAUCAUCACAAGAAAAGCAGCCGAGAAACCCUUCGCCUCAGCCUCAAGGAGAUCAGAAUGAAAUGGGAGCUCAGCCAAUGGACUUCACACCAAUGGACUUCACAGAUGGCAUUGAAAAGAUGAGAGCAAACAAGAGUGGAGAAUUUGAAGGUGUUUUUGAUCGUCCGCAUGGUGACCCUAGUGUUACACCUGGAAGUCCUGGGCUAAGUCGCAGGUCAGCUUCAAGCUCUGGUGGCUCUGGAAGGGGGGCAUUUCUGCCAUUGGAUCCAGAAAUACAGUUACAAUCUGGAAGUGGAAGGGCCAAGAGGAGGCAGCUUUCAUCUGGACGAAGCUUGGGGAACCUUGAUCCAGUUGAAGAGGAAUUCCCAAUGGAGCAAGAAGAGAGGGAGUUCAAGCUGAGAAGGCUUUCAGAUAUGGAACCAACUCCUGAUCUUAUGGUAGAAACAGAACCAACUCAAACCCCGUUCACAAAGCAAUCCAGUCCUCCUGAUCACAUCACUGAAUCAAUUCACUCGUACCUAAAGCUCCACUUCGAGAGUCCGGAUGCCCCGCCGUCUGAAUCGCUAAGCCAGCUAACUUAUGGGAUGAAUACAGCACAGGCUUCCCGCCUAUUCUAUCAAACAUGUGUCUUGGCAACGCUCGAUCGCAUCAAGGUCACACAGGUGGAACCAUACGGACCCAUCCUGAUCUCGAGGGGGGCCAACAUGUGA